UGAACCUGAAAACUCAAUUUCCUUGUACAAGAAUACGGUUAAUCCGUAGGGGUUGACAGGUAUGAGCCGAAACUGAUGAUACCCUCCUGAGGGAUAAUGAUGAUGAUGGGGCUGAGUCCUGUUUGGCUAUUACUCUAUUGGAGAAGAUAACUUGUUUCUUGAAAUGGUGAGCUCAGUCUUGCCCAUUGUCUCGAUUUUCACAUUCCUAAUAAUAAUAACACUCUACAGGCUUAAACCACAUUGGCAUGUUGAGAUCUGAUGCAUUUCAGGUAAGUUAUUCGUUGGAUAGGCAACCACCAUGCAUAUAACAGGUUUUUUAAGGCUGCUGCCAGGCUAAGAUCGUCAGCAGAGAGAGCGGUGCAGCAACAUCCAUCGUUCCGUACUAUGCUCUGACGUCUAUGUCCCUCACCUUCACCAAACCCACACUAUCAUCCAGCAGUGGACUGUGUGUGUAGAAAAAUAAGACUAAUGCUACAUUUUGACUGUACACGCAUAAAUGAGGGGGGAGAGAUGGCAUAGUGGUUAGCGCGAAGCGCUGUGAACUCCAGUGGCUUGAGAUCCAUUUGCCACUCCACUUCAACCCGAACUGACCAGCGUGAGGAAGUAUGGUCAAACAAUCCUCCUUGACCCUGACGCAGUGAAAGGGGGAGGGCUUCAUCUAGCUUGGAUUGACAGAGGGAUAUAAGUUGUAUUAUAUAUAGAAAACUUAAGGUCACCACUCUGGGAAGUUGAAUCGCUUUUGUUUGGCCAACACAAUACAUCCUGUAUUAUUCAUUCUCUUCGCUUAAGAGGCCCUUUGUGUGUCUCCUAUUCUCAGGGCAUGGCCAUUAAUGUUUAAAUAUGUACCCAGAAUCCCAAAUAAAGCGUGGCUCGUUUAUCGUGACCACGUCUGGCCAUGAGGUUCUGCCACCAUUGCUCUGACACGUAUCCCCAAAAUUUAAGCAUGUCCAGCGUAUAUCUGUGUGUUUGUGGAGUGGUAGCAUAGUGGUUUGCGUACUGCGCUAUGAACCAGGCAGCAUGAGUUUGAUUCCUGGCCAUGGCCAGCUUCAGUAGGUCUUUUCUGAAAAAGAGCGAUAUUGCUCUUUAUUGGUAAAAGAUAUUGGUAAAAGAAAAAAAACAUGUUUUCAUUUAGUUGUGAUUAUUUGAACUGCCCCUGGGCCUUCCAUUGGUCAGCUCGGCCUUAAAUGAGUUCCAGAUGCACUGCGUAAACAUCACCACUGGGGAGACAAAGGUGCCAGGGUGUGGUGGGUUGCCCCACCAGCCCCAUAUUGUACCGUGCCGGCGUGGAUAAGUUGCUCACGAACGGCGCACAAGCACACUUACACCCCAACCGCCCCCGUAGGCUGUAAGGUGAAUCUUUGUGUGCGUGUGGAGCUUGCGCAAGUCCACGUGACUCAACCGCGCGUACCCUCAACCAGUCAGCGUCCGCAAGGGAACGUUCUUUUCUGGUGAAACCACAGCACCGUGUGAUGCACGUUGUGCUUGAGCCCCGCGCGAGUGAGUGUUUUUCAAGCGUCUGGCGCGCGGUGCUAUUUUUAGAAAGCUCCGCGCAUAGCUGGCGGCACCCGGUGCUUCUUGCCCACGCCUCGCAGCUGACGUAGCGGCCUCGUGUACAUAACGGGCGGCUCUCGCUCGCGUUUGGGAGAGGCGGUGGACAUCCCGAUCAGAGUUUUCCUUCCACCCCACCGCCCACAGCGCUCCCGGCACAGGCGACUUGGUAACUUGCGACAGCUCCCCUGCCAGCGAGGCGACAGGAGGCUGCUCAAGCUUGGAUUCCCGCGCCCGUCGCUCCGGUGGGAAGCGCGCCAGAAUGGAGGAGGACGAGAUCCGGGCGGGCGACUUCGUCAUCAUCGGCAGCGACGAGGACGAGACGCUGUGCCAGCACGACACGGCGUACGCGGGCGCCCUGCUGGCGGGGCUGGCCGAGCUGCGCGCGCAGGGAAAGCUGUGCGACGUGGCGCUGCGCGCCGACGGGCUGACCUACCCGUGCCACCGUGCCGUCCUCGCCGCCGCCAGCCCCUACUUCCGCGCCAUGUUCGCGGGGGGGCCGCUACGCGAGAGCCGCGAGCAGACCGUGCAGCUCCAGGAGGUGAGCGCCGGGUCGCUGAGCCUGCUGCUGGACUUUGCGUACACGGGGCGCGUGUGCGUCACGGGAGACAACGCCGAACCCCUGCUGAGGGCCGCCGACCUCCUGCAGUUCCCGGCCGUCAAGGAGGCGUGCUGCCGCUACCUGGCCCGGCACCUCGACCCCGCCAACUGCCUGGACAUGCAGGCGUUUGCGGAGGCGUUUGCGUGCCCCUCGCUGGUGGAGGACGCGCGCAUCUUCGCGCUGGGACACAUCGCCGAGAUCGGCGCCAGCGAGGACUUUGAGCGGCUGCCCGCCAAGCGCCUGUCGGAGCUCCUGGGAGACGACCGCCUCUCCGUGGACAAGGAGGAGGCGGCCUACCAGCUGGCGCUGCGCUGGGUGCACGCCGACCCACAGAACCGCCAGCGGUUCUGGCCCGAGCUGUUUGAGCGCGUGCGUCUCCCGUUCGUGCGACGCUUCUUCCUGCUGGCGCACGUCGAGAGCGAGCCGCUGGUGCACCGCUCUCCGCGCUGCCUGCGUCUGCUGCGCGAGGCUCGCGUCCUCCAGGGCGCCCUGCAGGACCGGCACGACCGCCUGUGCCCGCUGCGCUUCCACCCGCGCCCGUCGACGGGCCUCGCCGAGAUCCUGGUGGCGGUCGGCGGCUGCGACCAGGACUGCGAGGAGCUGGUGUCGGUCGACUGCCACAACCCCGUGACGGGACAAUGGCGCUACCUGGCAGCCCUGCCCGAGCGCGUGGGAGGCGGGUACAGCAUCGCCGCUCUGGGAAAUGACAUCUACGUUACAGGUGGCUCCGACGGCACCACCGUCUUCUCGAGCGUGUGGCGCUACAACUCGGGCGUCAACGAGUGGUCGGAGGCGCCGGAGAUGAGCCGCGCGCGCGAGUACCACGCCAGCGCCGCCCUCGCCGGCUGCCUCUACGUGGUGGCGCCCGACGGCUGCGAGUGCUUCGACCCGGCGGAGGGCCGCUGGCGCCCGAUGCGCCCGCUCCCCCAGCCGCUGGAGAACGUGUCAGCGACCGCGUGCCGCGGGCGCGUCUACACCGUGGGCUCGCCGCGGCUGGCCGGCGGCGGCGUGGGCUGGGGCGCCGGCGGCGUCAUCACCGACGUGGUGGUGCACUGCUACGAGCCCGACACCGACUCGUGGGCCGAGAUCGAAUGCGCCGACGGCAUGCCCGGCUGGUCGUACGUGCUGGACGUGGUGGCGCUCGACGGGAUCAUAUACUUUAUCAGGGAGGACUCUACACAGGUGGAUGCUCUGGAUCCCAUAAAAUCGAGGUGGAUCAGGAUUCCUCCCAUGAACCAGGUGCACGUCGGCGGCAGCGUGGCGCCGCUGGGCGGCCGCCUGUACGUUUCGGGCGGCUACGACGACUCGUUCGAGCUGUCCGACAUGGUGGAGUGCUACGACCCGGCCGCGGGUCGCUGGGAGGUCGUCGGCCGCCUGCCGCAGCCCACGUUCUGGCACGGCAGCGUCAGCAUCUUCCGGCAGUUCAUGCCGCCCGGCGCGACCACCGCCGUGACGACAACGGCGGCCGCCCAGCAGCACCCGCCGCCGCAACUGCACGCGCGGCACGCUCGCCACGCCAACAACCACAACCACAACAACAACAACAACAAUCACCAGCAUCGGCAGCACAUGGACGUUCUGCUCGACGAGCACAUGGUCCACUGAUUGUGAAAAGUCGUGUGGAAAUGCCGGCUGCCCACCCCCCCCCCCCUUCCCCUACCGUGAAAGUCUCUAGUUUUAAAAGGGCUCGAUUUCACGCUGGACCAGCAAUCCAGAAAGUGGCUGGUUUCGAUUUGAUCUCCUGGCUCGGCAGAUGAAACAACGGAGCAGGUUUCUUAAAUCAUCCCGCCUCUGCCCAUCCCUGCAAUGUAAAUGGGUGCAGUGCAGUAAGUCGAUCAGUUGGUUGCGUGUGGUGGGGUACGGUGUGAGUAUUCCCACUUCUACCAGGGCAUCUGGCCAGAGUGGAAGACUAUACCACAAUACCCUAAGGAGGGGCUCCCUUUAGCUACCUCUAAUGGAUGCCCUUUUGCUAGCAGCAGCAGCAGCAUGAGCGAGCAAUGGCAGGGCUGCACUUUUACCUUUGCCUUUUUACUUUCUCUGCCAGGACAGAUCUUGCCGGUUGCUGCCAAAAAUGGCCGAAAUAAGUGAAAUGCCCCUAAAGACACGUUCCGAAUUGCACCAAAAGUAUUCUAUCUUUUCAAACUUUAUUCCUUCGGUUUUGUGUUACCUAGUUGGGCGAGUCACGUAUGGCAUUGGGCGACAAAAAAAUAUUUUGGAACGUCCCUUGGCAGAGCCUCCCAUUGUCAUGUUGGGAAACUUUCCUGGAAGGUGACACCGCAGAACUACUAGUGAGGUCACUUUCAAUGGACCUGUCUUUGCCUCAUCCGAGACGGUUAUUUAAUAUCUAUAACGUUCAGCCCUCAUACAUGGGAUGAGGCUGAAUUAAGCAAUAAGCUAAAUUUAUACAGCUUGGAUGGUUUUGUGUAUAUAUAUGAACACGUGGUUUGUAAUCAUUGGUGGCCACGCAUACUCACUACAUCAGUAUUUUGUAUCAACAGCUCGAGGGAACUUUUCGAGUGGUUAUUUUGCGUUAUUGGAAACUUUUUAGAGUUACGACCUAUUUAUCAGGCUCUUCUCUUUACCCUCCCCAAACUCACGAUGCCUCCUUGCGUUGAGCAAAAAGAAACGCUCGCAUAGCUGCGGGUUACCCCGUGUGACCCUCGCUUUGGUUCACCAUUCGUGCUGUGUUUACGAUCGGUCUGGGUUUGUUGGCAGUGAUGCAGAACUGAAAUCCUCUUUUAUCAUGAACACUGUCUUUCUAACGUUUAACAAAAAAAUAUAUAUACAGGCUAACGCAGUGUUAAUUACACAGGUGGUGAAUGUUGUGUGUGUGUGUGUGUACAGUGUAUCUUCAAAAUACCGGGCUACUGCAGGGGUGGAGUGCCCAAGAUUCUCCGUGUUUCUCACCAAAACGGUUUUGUUUCCAUGAAGACCAGAUUUUAACCAAUUUUCUGUUUAUAUUGUUGUUAAUCUUGCCUCUACAAAAAAAAUAGCGAUAUUAAAGAAAGGUAAAAAAAAAACAAUUGAAACCACCGCAAAUCACAAGGCAAUCCUGGCACCGCAUGCCGCAUUCUGCGUUGCAUAGAGAUGCAGCUAACAACGUGUCCGCUGCGUUGCUUAGACCGGUGUUCCAAAUUUUGGAGCUUCGAAAAGUCGCGAUUUUAACUUAUUUUUACAAAUUAGAAUUUUGUAUAGACCCUUGGCAGUGUCCUCGUUUGUAAACACAAAAAAAACCACGGUAUAUAUAUCCGCCCUUGUUAUUGUGAUGGGGACAACUGUAAAUCUGGGGGUCGUGGAGGUUGGGAUUUUUUUGGAUCGCAAAGACAGAGAGCAAGUUUCUGAAUCGCUGGUUCUAGUAACCAGGCUGGAUGAUGUGGUGUGUGUUGGGGUGCAUCCUGCUGGGCAGGGAGGGGAGGUCGUGGUCGUGACUGCAUGAGCCAGUCCAAGUAGCAGGUUUAUGUUGUUUCUUUCCUGUGCGUUGGUUUUCUCAGGCAUUCCGAACCCCCUCCUGUAUAAAGCGGUUUUUUUUCUCAUAUAUGUGUACAGAUAUAUACGUACAUAUAUAUAAUUAAAAAGACGCUCAAAAGGAGGAAUUUGCUGAAUGUCCACGGAUGGAUUUUCAUUGACGAAUACAUUUUUUUCGUCCUAAUGUUUUCAUGGUCGCGAAUCAGCGCUUGAAUCCGUGCUGUGUGUGUGUGGUAUCGGCACGCACUGGCAGGUUUGGCGAUCUGAGUUGUGGGUGGGGGGGGAUGAGAAUGUUUUAAAAGGGAAAGUUAAGAAGCAUUUUUAAGCUUAUGUUAUGGAUCGUUGUUACAGGAAUAGGUUGAGCACUGAUUGUGGUAUCCACUGAAAGUUUGCGUUCAAUGGAACAUUUACUUUGACGAGUUUUAAUUCGGGUAGAUCUAACUUAAAUCAUGAUGUCAAUAGUUUGAUUUCUUUAGUGCUGUAUUUAAUACUGAAUUAUAUGUGAGUGUUCAUUUCAAAACAUACUCUACGUUUUAUACUUUGGUUGUGUAGCACACUACAAUCCGUACUGUUGGCAUUACGUUUUCGGCAAAUGUAGUGUCAUCAGUGACUGGUGAGUCAUUUAAUAAUAGUUUCACGUUAGUUUGUGUUUAGUGUUUUUUUCAUGACGCUACAAUUACUCUCACCAGCUCCGCACCUCAGAGUUAGUCACUUAUGUCCGUGAAUGAUCAUGCUUGUUACAAACUGCAAUAUUAUAAUUGUUUCUGAGGA